UAGAACCACAUACGCAGCCUUCUACACAUCAAAACCAUUUCGUUUUACAUUCUCUACUAUUAUAUACAUUUGUAUAUACAUUUAUUUUAUUUUUCCAUUGACCAACACCCAUAACUUUGACUUUGGAAACCAUAAAAUAAAUAGUAGGCCCUGAUAUCGUCGUCGAAUGUCAACUACCCAAUUGUGAUUCAGCAAAUAGUUCAGUAUAAAUUCGUUAGACAAGCCAAGAGCACAAAUUUUUACGUGUACUUUUUUUUGUUUUGUUUUUUUUUUUCUAUUUUUUCGGUUUUUAAAUAUCGGUACCUUCUACACAAAAAAAAAACUAAACAAAAAGAUAAACGUAAAAUUAGGCGUGAAUACUACAAAAUUUGUCUACAAAAUUCGCUGCUAUCACAAUUAUAAAUCAUUUUAAUCUCAAAGCGCGUUUCGAACAUCGGCAGAAUGUGGAGGCGAUUUGUCGGUUUAAAUAAAAUUCAGAUCACUAUGUCUGUCGUCAAUCCAAUCUGGACGACUGCCAUGAGUUCAUGGUGGCGAAGAUAUUCGACCACUCGGAUGAAGCCCCAAUUUCCGUAUCCCUCUCCCGGAGGUAUGCGGCGUCAUCAAAUCAACCGGUACAGAGGUGGCACCAACGGAACCGCAGGGUUAGAUUGGGGAGCUGCUGAAAUGGAAUCAGACUCGGAAGAUGAUGAAAGGUCCUCCCAAUUCAGAUCAAUGCCGAUUUCCGCCCGGCCAGUCUUAAAGAGGCUCCCCAAUGUUAAUAUUUCCGAGGACUGGGACUCGGAUUCGGAGGACAUAUCGGCGGCAUCAUCGCGGCUGAAUAUAGCCGAGGGGACGAUGCCGCAACAACAGGACAAGCUGCGAAGGAAAUCGGCGUGGAAGUCAUGGAGGAUGGCAAGCAAAUCGAACGCUGCCAUGACGGUGAGUCGGGGUCAGGAGUUGUGGAUGAAGGCGUUGUCAGCGGCCCGGGGACGGAAUCCCUAUCGAGUACAUGGCGAUGAGGACGACGGGGACGAUCUGCCGGAACACGAGCCAGGACCUUACAAUCUAAUGCCGCCCCUGAAGCCUGUCAGAACACUGAACUUCUUCUAUCAGCAGAGCAUUCUGAAUGGCAACGGUGUGCCCGCCUAUCGUUCCAAUGAUACCCCGGAGGACAAGCCUCUGGAGCUGGACAGCGAAGUGGAUCUGGACAAGAUCGAUUCGGUGAGUGCCUUGGAGCGAGUGCGCAAGGAGCGGGAGCGGCGGCGGGCCCAGAAGAAGAUGCUGGACCUGAUGCAGCAGCAAUCCGACAAGGAUCAGCUCGCACAGGACCUGCAGGACCACUGCUACAGCGAGGAUCAGAUGCGAAUAGCCAGCUUGGGCGGAGAGCCGCCCAGGCGUUCUCGCAGCGAUGAGGAGAAGCAAAUGACCCAGCUUAUGAUUGCUCAGGAGCCCAGACCUGAUCCUUCCCAGGAUCCACAGGUGAGUUCAUCGUCCCAGAAGUCUAAUGGGGAGUCGGGCGCUGUUCAAAAGCCUAGCCUGCCGCCCAUUCCGGAUGCCAAGGCCUUUGAUAUGCCACGGGAGACCAUGCCGCGCGAGUUCAUACCCCUGAGUCCCACGGCAGCGGCCAUCAAGGAUCUGGAUUAUAGCCGGCAGUACAAUGUCCUGCAACAGCCGCCCAGGAGCGGACUAGAGCAGGGCGAGCCCCCAGAAGUGAUGAGAAGUCUGCGACGAAUUCGGUCCUUGUCCCGUUCCGGCCGUUUAGGCUACAAGAGCUCCAAUAAGGAGGAUUCGGAAGAUAGAGCUCGAUGCCCACCACUGACCGAGCAACCGCCCAGAUCCCGGGGUCCCUUCAACUCCGUGAUGGAUAUACACAAGGCACGGGCCAUCGAGAUGGAAAAGAGACGCAUCCAGGAGGCAGGAUCCAAGGAGUCGGCCACCAGUUACCUCUCCAGUCAAAUUUUCGAAAAGAAUCGGCGAUAAAAAGGAAAAAUCCAAAAUCGUAAACAACCAGGCUAGUUUGGAAAAAGAGCAAAAUUUGAAACAAAAAUUUGAAGCAAAAAUUUGAAGAAAAUAUUUGAAGAAAAAAUUUAAAAGAAAAGAAGGUAUCUACUGCCACGCCCCUGUUACGUCCUGUCCAUCGUUGACCGUCCACCAGUGACUGUCCAACGUCAGCCGUCCAUCGUCCACCGUGCUCUGUCCACCAACUAUCUAUCCAAGACAUAGCCGCUUUAUAGAAAGGAUGGGGACCCAAAUCCCAGAAGCGCCACAUACUUUAAGAACUUACAAACUCGAAAUUCACGUACAAACG